GUUUCAAACAACGUCGCUAAACGCCUUAAACGAAACAUAAGGAAUCAACACAUCAAUGCACCACGCCAUUUGUAAUCAAAUAAGCCGUCCUAAAGCGUAUGACGGGUGUUUGUGCAAACCGGGAAGUGUUGAGGAGUGAACCCUCUCGCUCCGGCUGGUCGCUUCAUCGCUCUCAUCCUCUCUGUCUCCUCUAAACUCUGCUGGGCAUCAUCGCGCGUCAAAACAUUGCGUCUCUGCAGGACUUGUCAGGGCCAGAGAGGAGAGGAAGAAGAAGAAGAAGAGGAAGAAGAAGAAGAGCAAAUUUGCCAGGGAAGGAAUGCGAAAGGGGGUUUAAGGAUUGGCACUGCCACGAGGAAAAACGAGGAGGUGCGACAUUUCCUAGGCUACGUGGAGAUCCGUUUUUUCUCCCCUCCAAAGGUGUUCGCCUCCCAACCCACCGCCCACCACGGCCCUCACCUGUGUGUUGCGGUGCUUCCCUUGUGAGCCGACCUGGGCUGGCAGUCCCUUCUUGCACCGCCCGCCAACUCCGCCCAUGGUCAGAAUGACGCGCUCCAAGACCUUCCAGGCGUACCUGCCGAGCUGCCACCGAACCUACAGCUGCAUCCACUGCCGAGCUCACCUGGCCAACCACGACGAGCUCAUCUCAAAGUCGUUCCAGGGCAGCCAAGGCAGAGCCUACCUGUUCAACUCAGUGGUGAACGUCGGGUGUGGCCCAGCAGAGGAGAGAGUUCUGCUCACAGGCCUGCAUGCUGUAGCAGAUAUCUACUGUGAGAACUGCAAGACGACACUGGGCUGGAAAUACGAACAUGCCUUUGAGAGCAGUCAGAAGUAUAAAGAGGGCAAGUUCAUCAUCGAGCUGGCCCACAUGAUCAAGGACAACGGCUGGGACUGAGAGGGACGAGCAGCAGCCGGGACACGAACGCAGCGAAGGGGAGAGUGGGGUGAGGGGGGUGGGGGACUAGAUGGAUGGACAAAUUCAUGGAUGGGAGGGAGGGAGGGAGGGAGGGAGGGAGAAAGGGAGGGGAAGCUCAUAAUUGGUGGGUGAGUGUGUGACUUUGGUUUGGCUGAUUUCCCAUUAACCUCUGUAACUCUCUGCCCAUCCCUCCCUACCACGCCUCUUGAUGUAAACACACACAAACACACACACAGAAACACACACAUCGAGGUCCCAGACAUCCCAGCUUGACAGAGAGACAGACUUAGGCAGGCUUGUGCGCAGCUAGCAGGACUAGGUGGCUGGCCGGCAAGACAAAAACGUCUCAUUUUCAGUUUUUUUUACUGAAACAUUUGAGAAGGUAUACCUGCUCGGAGAGAUCAUCAUGCGACAGUAAUGUUAAAAACAGGUCACUCAGUGGAAAUUCAGCUAGAAGGAGGCGAGCUGGGGCGACCCGGCAGGGUUCAUUGGCCCUGGUUGAAGAGCUGAUGGGCAUUCACUGCGUCUGAAUGAGAUGACCUAAGAUGAUUAUAGCAAAUCCAGCUGAUCAGGGCCAUGCCAGCUGGGCCAGUGAUGAGGCCUGGCGCUGAGGCUUGGCACGGAGGCCCGAGCACAUGGGUGUUGAGUUGGUGCAGGGGUUGCCGCCCACCAAGCCAUGGUGGGGAGAGGAAGAUCCUGAUAAAGUUAUAUGCAGUGGCUUCGAUGGCUUCUGGCUGGGAUCCACUCCGUGUCUUGCCAGCAAUGCAGCUCAGGGUGGACCGAGGGAGAAAGAAAUAGCCAUCAGCUUGUCCCUAAAAACCUCACAGGAAUUUUGCCCUCGCAGCAGCAAAGCAGCUACCCUUCGAUACGAGUCAUGUAAAGUGAUCUGCUGAUCCGUCCCCUGUGUAUGUCUGGUGUCAGUGGACGCAUCGCUGGGACCAACCUUUGUUACUUGGCCAGAUAGAAUUACACAACAUAAGCGUGUCUCAGGUGAACAACUUUGGCUGGGAUUCCCAAAGGUUUUGCGAGCACUGUGAGCAUCUUUCUGCUGUUGUAGGUCAAUGAGCGAAGGUGACGAGGCUCUGCGGGCUUGGUGGUGGUGGUAAUGGUGGUGGUGGGGGUGCAGCUGGUGAUCACUCAGACACAAGCACAACCCCCCGGUAACAUGCAAAUAACAGUUUGAUUUGAAGAAACUGACAAACAAAUGGCCAACGCAUGACUGUUUUCAUGGGCCAAGGGAAAAGUAAGUUAUUACUUUUACUGAUGUAACGAGGUAUAUAUAUAUAUAUAUAUAUAUAUAUACACACAUGUCCACAGAGGUUUGUACUGUAGAUGCAUAUGUAUAAACGGUAAUCCUAUCACUCUUAGGCUCUCUUUCAGUCUGGGAUGACUGCUGUUCAACUGCUGUUACACUGAUCUUCACAAUACAUAAUACAUACGUAACAAACCUACUGGGCAACAUUACAAAGCAUUGUUUAUUCUUUUGUCCCUUAAUGCACCAGCACAUUAUCUUUAGGUUUUCUCCAACCUCGGUUAGCUUACUAAAUAUUCCUCAUGCAUCAUGGGCCUGUGAGUUAUUCAAUAUUUGAGGUAACAUUAAUGGGAAGCACUGCUCAGGGUGCCUUGAUGCUAACUGUUCUUUGCUAAGGCCAGGAUAAUGUGCUGGAUAUGUCAUUCUCUGAUGGAAAUGGUAUUAUUUUUAGAUGAGAGAAUACUUUACAGCUGCCUCCAUUAUGUAGAAAUGCAACAUCAAUGCAUGCACGUAAAACAAGUUCAGACCAGUUUUGUGCUCGGUCCUUUUUGUGUAACAAACUUUGUGCUGUAAUACAACAUCUUGUUUCAGUUUCAUCUCUACAGAAGCCCUAAGAGGUCAUACAUUCAUACAUUUUAUUUCCUCUGUCUUCUCGUGAUGACGGGUUAAGUUAAUUUGUUUUCGAGUUUCAAGUGUUUGUGGGUUACUUAUGUCGUUAAAUAAAAUAAUGGGAGAACGAUAUAAUGAGAAUAAUGGAUAGUUUUCCUGAGAUCUAAAGUUAAUGAUACAUUGCUUUCCCGAGAUAACAACAUAAUUAUUUCAAGAUCUCAAGAAAAAAUAAAAAUAGUUUACAUAUUAAAUCGUUGCAAUUGCAACUUUCUUCUGCUCCUCUGAAAUUGCUACACUUAAUGAUGCUCCCUGCAAUAACAUGAGAAAAUGAUCCCUUUAUCACGGGAUAACAACAUAUGACGUAAAUAACUCGAGAUCUCGAGAAAACAAUUGAAAUAAACUUUUGUUAUCCUGAGAUAUCUCAAGAUAACGAAACUGUGUUUUCCCAAGGUAACAACUAUAAUUAAUUUGAGAUCUCGAGAAAACAAAAGAAUAGUCUAGUAUGUUAAAUCAUUGAUUUAAUGUUUGUUACCUCAAGAUUUCAAAUUAAUUACAGUUGUUACCUCGGGAAAACACAGUUUCGUUUUCAUGAGAUCUCGACAAAAUGAUCCCAUUAUCUCAACAUAAUGACAUAAAUAACUUGAGAUCUCGAGAAAACAAAUAAAAAAAAUGUUCACAAGAAAACUGACAAAAAUAAAUAAAUAAAAUGUACAAAUGUAUGUCUAUUCAGGGCUUCCAUACAUCUCAGCACAAAAGCAUUACAGAUGAAAUGCGAUCCUGGUUUAGUAAAGUAAAAAUUAGUUGCCCGGUUUGUCACACAUAGUUUACCGUUACGUUUCCUUAAAGAAGUUGCCCUGUAUAUGCCGAGUCCAGCUCAAUACUUUCCGGUUACAAUGAAACCUAAAGAUCUAACUCUCUUCAGUAACACUCAGCAGCUGAUAGCUCAGUUGGAGGCUGCAACAUUAAACCCAGCACAACCAAAGAACCCACCCAUCAACAAUAAAUUGACUAAACAAAAGAUCUCAUUUUGCUCGGGCAAACGAGGGGGUGUGUAUAGCUGAAAGCCAAGGUUGUGGAUAGCCUUUCUCUGUGGUUAUAUAUAAUGCAUUAUGAUUUUGUAAACAAAAAAACUUAAUAUAUGAAUAUAUUCUAUUUACUGUAUUCACCACGAGGAUUACCAUUCAUGUCAACCUCUGUGUUACAGACUGUAAAUAGUGUUAAUGUAUUGUGUUUUAUCUAUGAUCCAUACGAUGAUGAAUGAAUAUGAUUUAGGUCAUGUCAUGCUUUCUCUCUGGUACCCCACAUUGGCUGUACGAUACUACUUUUUUACUGAAAAUGUUUCAAUUUUAAUGUCUUUUGUAAAGGAGGAUGCUGAUGUUGACUAUAUAUCAUUGGAUCUUCAUCUAAUAAAAUGCACCUUGAUAUCUGUAUGGAA